UUUUCUUUUUUAACCCUCCCACGUGUCAUUUCUUCUUCUAACCUUCGAACCAUUUCACCUCAUCACACCGCACAGACCUCAGUAUUCAUUACAUUAGGCGUGUCCCUCCUGAUCUACGCUCGCUUGUCCUGUUUAUUUUGUGCAUGUUCAGCCCCGCCCUGCGGAGAGGAGACGCGCCGUUUCCACGCAGUUGCGUAAUUUGACAAGCCAGCGCAAAAAAAAAAAAAAAAAAAAUAGAGAGAAUGAACGUUUGACAGCUGGCUCUCUCUCUCUCUCUCUGUCUCUAUCUCUCAGAAAACAAAAGAAAUACCUAUGCUUCGUUUAUCUGUGAGAGAUCUCGGAUAGUUUUUGUGUCUCUCUCUGCGCUUUUAUGGCCGCUGCCGUGAGGAAUAAUGUUUGGGUUGCUCCGGGGCAGGACGCGCAGUUUCUCCGUAAAACCAACCCCGCCGCACCGCCACUGACAGCCGACGGUCUGAGAGGUGAAGACCAUGGACAAGUGCUCUGUAACAUGCCGGGAACUUCCUCUUUUCAUGAUUAUAAUUUGGGUAAAUCCGAGAUGGACAGCUACCUGUCUCCGCACCAGCAGGAUGUAGUAAAUCCCAAAAUGUUGUGCAGGGACGGCGGCGCUCUGAUGCUGGAGCCGCCUUUCUCAGAGGACUUCGCCUCCCCUUACAGCGUCAACAUGAGCCUGCUCCUCCCUGACGUCACAUACCUGCGCCCCGGCCUCUGCAGGACCGUGAGACAGAUCAAAACGGAGCCGCCGCACUCCCUGAUGCACGCCGCCUGUCAGGGCAACGGGGCGGCGGGGCCGCCGGCGCUCCCAGAGUACCCGGGUGUUUACGGCACGGCCGACGCAGGUAGUGGUAACUUUUUCAUCAAGCAGGAAGUGCCAGAUUUCCAGGAUGUUCCCCUGUUUCAGCUUUUGAACUCUGACCUGGAGCAGCUCGUUCACGGGUCGCAGCUGAACUCCAUCCCCAUGCCCUCGUUAAGUCUUCCCAUCGGGCACGUCCACACUCAGAAUUCUGCCAAACCCGCAAGCAGCCCUCAGAAUGAAUGUUUCCGACAACACGCAGGCCAUCAGCAGAGACCGACCUAUCUGCCCCCUUCUCCGCCGAACUCUGAGCCCUCGAGUCCAGACAGGGGGAAGGAGCUCCUUCUGUCCCCACCUCCCUCCUACGAAGCCAGCAUCGCCUCUAAGUUAACUUUUCAGACCCGUAACAAUCCCGUCGAUCCGGGGCAAACUUCUAGCGCAGCGCCAAUCCAAAGCCAAGACCAGAGUUCCAGCGGUGGAUUAGUCCAAAGCCCGGGUCCUGUGCACGUCCAGCGUCCAACCCUGACACCAGUUCAGACGUCGGCAGGUGUCGGCCCGCUUUCCCCGGUGUUGGCCCAGUCGGCUCUGUUUAAGAACAACAGGAGGAAUAAUCCUGAUCUGGAGAGACGACGGAUUCACCACUGUGACGUCCCAGGCUGUAAGAAAGUAUACACCAAGUCUUCUCAUUUAAAAGCUCAUCUACGGACCCACACAGGAGAGAAGCCGUACCAGUGCUCCUGGGAGGGAUGUGAGUGGCGCUUCGCCCGUUCUGACGAGCUGACUCGCCAUUUCAGGAAACACACCGGGGCGAAGCCUUUUCAGUGCGGCGUGUGCAACCGCUGCUUCUCCCGCUCCGAUCAUCUGGCCCUGCACAUGAAGAGACACCAGAGCUAGAAAAAAAGAAAAGAAAGAAAGAAAACCUCUCCUGCAAAUCAAGUUUUUAGUUUUCAGUCAACGUGGACUUCUCACGUCUCAGCAAACAAACAGAUUAAACUGUGGAUUAUUCCACUCGCUCCCCAGUGGAGACAUUCUUAGCAGUGCUGGCCCACAAGUAAUUGUUUCUUUUAUUGUAAAAAAAAAAAAAAAAAAAAA